CGAGCGGCGUGAUGACAGUGACGAAUGGGCGGCGGGUGAAGUGGUGGCCGCGCGGAAAAAGUGGACGCUGGGCGCAUGCGAGAUUGGGACGGGUCACGCCGUCGUCAGGGGCGCGAACCACUCUUGCACUGCACCUCACCUCAAACACUCCCCGACCGCGCGAACGGUCCUCUUCAUGCACCCAACGCUGGCCCGUCGCUGGUCCACCAACUGCUCGGUUAGGCACAGGUAGGUCUUGUAUGCACUGGCCUUCGCUUUCCCUUACUCUACCUUAGUCUGCUCUCCUUGCCUUCUCUCACUCUCCUUCUUCCUCUUCUUCUUCUCCUCCAUCACACACGUCCCUUUCACCCGUCACUCAUUGGUGUGCUUCCUCUUUGCUCUCUAGCCUCUGCAUCUUCGAGUCACUCGCUUCAAACCAACAACAACAAUCACUUUCAACCAACCAGCCCCUUCAUCAAACACCCCUCGACAACCUCCAACAUGCGCACCUUCGCCAUCUUCACCGCAGGCCUCGCCUACUUCGCCUCCACCGCCUGUGCGGCCGGGUCAACAGCAGCAGCCGGUUCGGCGGCACCAUCGAACCCAAGCUACGGCGGCACCAGCAGCGGCAACGCCGUCGGCGCCCAGUCCUCCGCCACCCCAACGAACCCCAGCUACGGCACCAGCAGCGCCGGCUCCUCCGCCGCCGCCAUCUCGACCGGCUCCGUCAACCCGCCGCCCUACUCCCGCGGCUCCAGCGGCCUGUCGUGGGGCACCGCGUCGACGGGCUGGAUGUCGUCGAACGGCACGCACCACCACCCCACCUCCGGCGGCUCGACCGGCCACCUGACCAAGCCCACCACGCCCAUCACCCACCCGCACCACUCUUCCACUGCCGCGGCCGUCAGCACCAACACUCAACCUGCCCUCACCACCGCCGCCGUCGCCACUUCCACCGGCACCGGACAAGCGGCGGGCGGUGUGGCUGUCAACGUCGCGGGAUUGCUGCUUGCGGGCGGCAUGGCGGUGCUUGCUAUGUAGACCUGUCAAUCAUGGGGUGGGCAAGGUGCAUUUUGGGCGGAGUUUCUGGGCAUUGGUUCUAAUUCACAGGGCAAAAAUCGAGGGCCCUUUUUGGACGUCUGGGGUAAUUUUGGGGAAAUUUCAUCACCCAUAGAUUAUGCAUUUGCAGUUGCUUCCAUCACUCAAUCAAUCAACAAACAUCAAAC